AGUCCGUAUGAGGUGGAUUUAGGAAGAAAGGAACCAAAACCUGGGACGCAGAGAUAACGAGAGACACCAAUAAAGAGAGAUACAUUUGGAGAUCCGCGCGCGGCGGUGUCGCGCACGGAUUAUUAUAUUUACUUUUUCUUUCACUGACUAGCCGAGAUUCUAGCUCGGAGCGUCUGAUCUUGGGGAAAGGAAUACAAACGCACAGGGAAUAAUAGGGGUAUUUUAUACUCGCUCCCUCCGAUAACAAGUGACUGCUCAACAAAGUGGAAUAUAACGGUUUUUUCACGUCGGGAAUGUGAAGUAACUGUUUUUCUCUGGGAAUACGACCUCUCAUCCACAACGAUUUGGAUUUUAAAAUCUGCCCCCGUAAACCAACAAGGGGGUAAUCUCAGAAAUACUUUUCUCACACCGUAAAAAGUGCCAAACCGUACUGCGUGAAGACCCCAACCUUCCCUGCGCAGCUCGGCUCUCCAGCCAGAUCAAAGAUCAGUCCCAUCCCACCCCUCCCUGCCCCCCCACCCCUUUCCCUACUGGAGCCAAGAUGGCCACAAGCGGUGCCCCUCGCCUCUCCUUGCCACUCCUGCUGCCUGUCACCACUCUGCUGCUAUCACUGCUGCUCACCGGCUCCCACGCCUCAUUAUCGCCACGGUUCACUAAAGUUCCCGUAGACCAGAUUGGCGUCUCAGGGGGCGUGGUCUCCUUUGUGUGCCAGGCAACGGGGGACCCCAAACCAAGGGUUAGCUGGAACAAGAAAGGCAAGAAGGUCAACUCCCAGCGUAUAGAGACCAUUGAGUUUGACGAGGGUGCCGGCGCAGUACUCAGAAUCCAGCCUCUCAGAGCGCCGCGUGAUGAAAACAUCUAUGAAUGCGUUGCUGAGAACAGCGAGGGCGAGAUAACUGUCAAUGCCAAGCUGUCCAUCAUCCGAGAGGACCUACUCCCACCAGGCUUCCCCAACAUUGACAUGGGUCCUCAACUCAAAGUGGUGGAGCGCACUCGAACAGCCACCAUGCUCUGUGCUGCCAGUGGCAACCCUGACCCAGAAAUCACCUGGUAUAAAGACUUCCUACCCAUUGACCCAAGUGCGAGUAAUGGGCGAAUCAAACAGCUGCGAUCAGGUGCCUUGCAGAUCGAGAACAGCGAGGAGACCGACCAGGGAAAGUACGAGUGCGUGGCGUCUAAUAUGGAAGGCGUGCGCUACUCGGCCCCUGCUAACCUUUAUGUGCGAGUCCGGCGGGUGCCUCCUCGCUUCUCCAUUCCACCGACGAGUCAGGAAAUUAUGCCAGGUGGCAGUGUGAACAUAACGUGUGUGGCGGUAGGGUCGCCCAUGCCUUACGUCAAGUGGAUGCUGAACGCAGAGGAUUUGACACCGGAGGAUGAGAUGCCAGUAGGCAGGAAUGUUCUCGAACUGAGCAGCGUCCGUGAGUCAGCCAACUACACCUGCGUGGCUAUGAGCAGCCUUGGCAUCAUUGAAGCUGUGGCGCAGAUCACAGUCAAAUCUCUUCCCAAGCCUCCAGGCACCCCUGUGGUUACUGAAACCACUGCCACAAGUGUGACCAUCACCUGGGACUCAGGCAACCCAGACCCAGUGACUUACUAUAUCAUCCAGUAUAGAGCCAAGUCCCCAGAGAGCAAGUUUGAGACUGUGGACGACAUCACCACUACACGUUACAGCAUUGGGGGCCUCUACCCCAACACAGAGUAUGAAAUCCGUGUCUCAGCCGUCAACACAAUCGGCCAAGGUCCUCCCAGUGAGCCAGUAGAAACAAGAACUGGUGAACAGGCCCCUGCAAGUCCCCCACGGAACAUACAGGCACAGAUUAUAUCCCAAAACACAAUGAUGGUUCGCUGGGAAGAGCCUGAGGAGCCCAAUGGGCAGAUCAAGGGCUAUCGCGUUUAUUACACCAUGGACGACUCCCAACCCAUGAGCCUCUGGCAGAUCCAUAAUGUCCAGGACAGCGUUCUCACCACCAUCCAGAGUCUUGUUCCUCAAGAGACAUACACAAUUAAAGUCCUAGCGUUCACCUCGGUAGGAGACGGACCCUUCUCAGAGCCCAUCCAUGUCAAAGUACUACAAGGAGUUCCAGGUCAACCAUCAAAAUUUCAGGUUGGUGCUGUGUCCGAUACCAGCAUUGAACUGACCUGGGAAGCCGCCUAUGAGAAAGAAGGAAUUAUAAAUUAUGAACUUCGCUACAGGGAAGGCCGCUUUGGGACCCAGAUGAAGAAAACAUUUGGGCCCGCAUCAUCAUAUGUUGUGGAAAAUCUCCGCCCAAACACAGAGUACCACUUCUCCAUGGCAGCCAUCUCUAACAAAGGCAUUGGAGCCUUCACCAAUGACAUAUCACAGAAGACGUUGCAAGCCAAGCCCUCAGCCCCCCCUCAAGAAAUUAAGUGCAGCAGAACCAGCUCCACCAGCCUGCUGGUAGGUUGGCGCCCCCCGCCUUUGAAGAGUCAGAACGGUGACCUGGCGGGGUAUAGGGUGCGCUACCAGAUGGUGGGCUUGUCAGAAGGUGGCAGUGAGGAUGGGGAGCCCCUGGAGGAGCCCAGAAUCCCUCCCAUGAAAGAGGUGGUGCUGCUGAAUCGAUUGGAGAAGUGGACCCCAUACCGCAUCACUGUGUCUGCCUUCACUGAGAUUGGCCCAGGCCCUGAGAGCGAGCCCCUGAUCUGCCGCACUGACGAAGAUGUUCCUGGGGCUCCUCCAAGGCGAGUGGAGGUUGAGGUCCUCAACUCCACAGCACUAAAGGUGAUGUGGCGCUCCCUGACGCCAGGCAAGCAGCACGGUCAGAUCCGUGGCUACCAGGUUCACUAUGUCCGUGUGGAAAAUGGCGAGUCACGGGGGCUGCCCCUCAUCAAGGAUGUCAUGCUGGCCGAUGCCCAGGAAAUGGUCAUUGGAGGACUCAAGCCAGACACCACUUACUCCAUCACGGUGGCAGCUUACACCACCAAGGGGGAUGGAGCCCGGAGCAAACCAAAACUGGUGGUGACCAAAGGGGCCGUGCCUGGUCUGCCCUAUCUGUCAGUGGCUCAGGACUCCGAGACAUCAGCUGUGGUUCGCUGGGACCCUCCAGAUCUCACUAAUGGCAUGGACCUGCAGGGUUACCGCCUCCAGUUUGGUCGGAAAGAUGUCACUCCUUUGGCCACACUGGAAUUUGAUCCCCAAGAACGACAGUACUCUGUGGGCAACAUUCACCGGGGGGCCAUCUAUCUCUUUAAAGUCUCAGCUAAGAGCAGGGGGGGCUUCGGAGACGAGGCCUUGGUAGAACUUAAUGUGCCUGAGAAUACGCCAGGGGGAUACCCUCAAAUUGAAGAGAGCUCCAAUGUGACAUGCUGCUCAGUGCAGCUGUCCUGGUCUCCCCCUGUGCUGGCGGAAAGAAAUGGGGUUAUCACUGAGUACACUUUGGCUUUUAAGGAAACCGGUACCGGAGGAGCGCAACAGGAGCUCCACUUGCCCCCCAGCCAGUCCAGCUAUGUUCUCAACAGCCUCAAACCGAACUCAGCAUACGAUGUGAAAAUACGUGCACACACCAGUGUAGGCCCAGGGCCCUACAGCCCGCCUAUCCAGUAUCGGACAGUGGCCUUUGAUGCAACAGACGUUCCGCAGAAUUUCACUGUAAAGUGGGCCACCAAGACUACAGUGGUCAUUGCAUGGAAGUUUUCUGAAAGCAGGUCUCCAUACAAAUGCACGAUUGAGUACAACCGACAGAAGAUGGAUGUUGAUGCCAGGCAGAUGAGGGUUCUCGUCACUGGGCUAAAGCACAACACCACUUAUGAGUUCAGGGUGACCUGCCAAGAAAGUGCGGAUGGUGGGCAAAAACACCGUGUGUAUGCCAAGACUGCGCCACUCAUACUGGUCAAAAAACCCAAGCUGGACAUCUACGCUGAGCCUGACAACAUGCUCACCAUGUCCUUCCCACCAGUUGAAACCAAGGAUGUCAAGACCUUCUAUGUUGUUGUGGUGCCACUUAAGAGGACCUCAGGAACUGUCAAAAACCUGAAGAACCCUGAUGAGAUGGACAUGGAUGAGCUGUUGCGGGAGGUGACCCCAAAGCGUCGCUCGCGGCGUCAGCUGCCUCAGCUGGACCAGAGGAAACCCUACAUCACAGCCUGCUUCAGGCAGCUGCCUCCCAGCUUCACGGUGGGAUCUGACUACCGCCACAGCAGCUGUGAGAACAAGCCUCUUGAACCUGGCCAGGAGUAUGUCUUCUUCCUGCUGGCAGAACUCAAUGCCACCGUUGGGAAAAUGUUUGCCACCAGCCCUUAUACUGACACAGUGAUGACUCCUGCGCUGGUGGUGGAUCCCCUGACGAUAGAGACUGGGGAUGGACUUAUAUGGGUGGUGGGCCCAGUCCUCGCUGUGGUCUUCAUCAUCUGCAUCGUCAUUGCCAUUCUCCUGUAUAAAAACCGCAAAAGAAAAGAGUCGGAGCCACGCACAAAAUGUCUCCUUAACAACGCGGACAUUACACCCCACCACCCUACAGACCCUGUGGAGAUGAGACGCAUCAACUUCCAAACUCCAGAUUCUGGUCUAAGCAGUCCUCACAGUGAAGCAGAUUUUGACUAUGAAAGUAUGAUGAGUCAUCCUCCCAUCCCUAUCUCAGAGCUGGCUGAGCACACAGAGCUUCUCAAGGCCAACGACAACCUCAAGCUCUCCCAGGAAUAUGAGUCUAUCGAUCCAGGCCAGCAGUUCACCUGGGAACAUUCCAACCUGGAGGUGAACAAGCCCAAAAAUCGUUACGCCAACGUCAUCGCCUACGACCACUCCCGAGUCAUCCUGGCCCCCAUCGAUGGUAUCACAGGUAGCGACUAUAUCAAUGCCAACUACAUUGAUGGCUACAGGAAGCAGAACGCCUACAUCGCCACCCAGGGUCCAUUGCCAGAGACGUUCGGGGACUUCUGGAGGAUGGUGUGGGAGCAGAGAGCCGCCACUGUGGUCAUGAUGACCAGACUAGAGGAGAAGUCACGGAUUAAAUGUGACCAGUACUGGCCUAGUCGUGGCACAGAGACCUAUGGUAUGACCCAAGUCACCCUGUUGGACACCAUAGAGUUGGCAACUUUCUGUGUCCGCACUUUCUCCUUGCACAAGAAUGGCUCGAGUGAGAAGCGGGAGGUUCGCCAGUUCCAGUUCACGGCGUGGCCCGACCACGGAGUACCAGAGUACCCGACCCCCUUCCUUGCAUUCCUCCGUAGAGUGAAGACCUGCAACCCGCCUGAUGCAGGACCCAUCAUCGCCCACUGCAGUGCGGGUGUUGGCCGGACAGGUUGCUUUAUUGUUAUCGAUGCCAUGCUUGAACGUAUCAAGCAUGAAAAAACGGUCGACAUUUACGGCCAUGUGACGCUGAUGCGCUCGCAGCGAAACUACAUGGUGCAGACGGAGGAUCAGUACAGCUUCAUUCACGAUGCUCUGCUGGAGGCAGUGGCCUGCGGCAACACUGAAGUUGCUGCCCGGAGCCUUUAUUCCUACAUCCAGAAGCUGGCCCAGGUGGAGAGUGGCGAGCACGUCACUGGCAUGGAGCUUGAGUUCAAGCGUUUGGCCAACUCCAAAGCCCACACGUCGCGCUUCAUCAGUGCUAACCUUCCCUGUAACAAGUUCAAGAAUCGGCUGGUGAACAUCAUGCCCUAUGAGACCACGCGCGUCUGCCUUCAGCCUAUCAGAGGCCUGGAAGGAUCUGACUACAUCAAUUCCAGCUUCAUCGAUGGAUACAGGCAACAGAAGGCAUACAUCGCCACGCAGGGCCCUCUGGCAGAAACUACAGAAGACUUCUGGAGAAUGCUCUGGGAGAACAACUCUACUAUUGUAGUCAUGUUGACCAAACUGAGAGAGAUGGGACGGGAAAAGUGCCACCAGUACUGGCCCGCAGAGCGCUCUGCCAGGUACCAGUACUUUGUGGUUGAUCCCAUGGCGGAGUACAACAUGCCCCAGUACAUCCUCCGGGAGUUCAAGGUCACAGACGCAAGGGAUGGUCAGUCCAGGACAGUAAGGCAGUUCCAGUUUACUGAUUGGCCGGAACAAGGCGUGCCCAAAUCCGGAGAGGGAUUCAUUGAUUUUAUUGGCCAGGUGCAUAAAACCAAGGAGCAGUUUGGACAGGAUGGACCAAUCUCUGUUCACUGCAGUGCUGGCGUGGGCAGGACUGGAGUCUUCAUCACCCUCAGCAUCGUCCUGGAGCGAAUGCGCUAUGAAGGCGUGGUUGAUAUCUUCCAGACAGUGAAGAUGCUCCGGACACAGAGGCCAGCCAUGGUCCAGACUGAGGAUGAGUACCAAUUCUGCUAUCAUGCAGCUCUGGAGUACUUAGGAAGCUUUGAUCACUAUGCAACGUAAAAGCCAUCUCUUCCCCCCAGAAUCCUGUCGCCCCCACUCAACAGUCUCCUGAGCCAUAGAAACUUUUGAAAUUUGAAAAGAUGACAGCAGACGACAAUAACAAGAUAACUAAAUCAGAUACACUUGAUAUCCUAUUGUAGAUUUUUAGAAGAGGCUGCCCAACCAACCAGUUGAGAAUAAUUCCAAUUUGACUGAGAGACCUUUUGUGAAGAAUCAACGAAAAAUUGCCAAUCAUCAAGAAAAGAAACAUCAGGAGAAAAACCAGGUGCUGUGGCUCAAGCUGUGGGGAGGGAUUUGAUCAAAGUGUCAGACUGCUUACCUUACCUCAAGUGUUUCAAUGUGGAGGAUAUUGUAAACAUUGGUGGACAUUCUUUUCUCAAAAAUAUUCAACGGUACCAAGCAUCAGUUAAUGAAGAAGAAGGCAACAGCAAAAAUCAAUGAAAGGCAGAUGGAUGUAGCCAAGAUGGGGUGACUUUCUCGUUUUUUUUUUUAUAUAUAUAUAUACAUACCUGGGUGUAAAAAUAAUAUUUCUCUUUUUUUUAAGAUAUUUUGUUGGGGGCUUUUAGCCUUUAAUCGGAUAGGACAGUGGAGAAUGACAGGAAAAUGGGAGAGAGUCGGGGUGGGAUCCGAAAAGGACCACGGGUUGCCGGCGUACAGUGCAGGUGCCCCAGCCCGUUAGUAUUUCUAUCCACACAUUUUGUGAGUGACAUCCAGCGAAAAUACAUAUUGGGGCUGCCUUUGUGAACACAAAUGAUUUUCCCCUAACUCCAAUAGGACAAACUAAUCUAAACAGUGGAAAUGUAACUAGCAAUGAGAACAUUCCUAUCUAGCAUCAACACUGUUAAAAAACACUAAACUAUUAAAGAAUACAUCAAAUAUGUCUGUUCUCAAGUGCUAACAGCUAAGAGUAGGCACUGUCAGUGGUUAUGAGGAAGUAAGCAGCAACACAUACCUUAAAAUCACUUAGUUUCAUGAAUUGUGAACUUGUGUACAACCAGUAUCCCAAGCCAGGUAACCGUAGUGAUGUUAAAAAGAAUUCCAGUGUAUUUAAAAGUCCCCCAGGAGGCUCGUGUCUCAGUCUCCAGAGAACUCAGGGGGGGCAAAACUCGGCUGUUGCUAGAGACUGUGGCUGGGUCACCGCGGGAGAAAUGGUGAACGUGUCCCAUGUUUUUUUACAAUCACUCCACUCUUUGGAACCAUUCAUGGUCAUGGGGCUUCAUCGUUCAAAUCUACCAUUUUGAGCAAGAGAUAAAUCUGGUGGCCGACAAGCUUUGGAACAAACAGAACAACAAAACAAGGAUUGCCGCCGAUUCGGGUCUUUCUUUGUGUACGGUGUCCAAUGCUCAUCAUCAAUAUUUCAAACUUUUUUGUCUUAUGAGGAAUUACCUUUUUUGGUUUUAUUGUCCUGUCAGAACCAAACAUGCUGCUUAUCUCGUGUAUGCUGUAAGUGUGACUCUUAAGGGAGAGUAAACUGACGAACAAACAAUGCCAGCUCUGCUAACUGCUAGCGCCGAGGCAGGCAUGCCUGAAAGCGCAUCCACAAGACAACAUCGUCCACUGGUCUUUUCCACCUCUCCUUUUUUCUUUCCCCCAGCCUCCUCUAUAAUCAUCUAUUUCAUUGUAUAAGACACUCAAGAGUGGCUGAGGCCUGUUGCAAUUACACAGCUGUACGUUCAUGUGGUUGAAAAAAAUUGGCCUUUAGUUCCAGUGUGUGUGUGAGUGUUUGGCAACAGGUGGAUAAACAAAGUAGUCGCUUUGGUUUUGGUCCCCUGUUUUAUAGACGAUGUCUCUGUAGACGAUGUCUCUGUGGACCAGGUAGCCAUGUUGGAUCUCGAUGCCAUGAUGUGAUAAUGAAAUUCUUUGGUACACGUUACUUGCACAUCCCUAAAGAAAAGAAAAGAAACUUGAAAUGAACUCCCCAAAACAACUCCCUGUUGGAUAUGACGCACUAAUGUAUAUGUGUCUGAUAUAAAAAAAAAUCAAGCUUUUGAAAUCACCAGGUUAUCAUUUUGAAAUCAGUGCUUUGGUACAGAGGGGUGUAUGGAUUCUGAGGCGGUUUCUGAUGGGUGUGCACAAAAACCAGAGCGAUGGACAGAACUGUGUGUAAUCUUUUCUUAUUUCCAAAAAGCCUUAUUGUUAUUGUAACAUUAUGAAAACAUUACUGUUGUAUUAUGACGACUUACUUUACAUUACAUAGUUGACUCUUUAUUUUCUUUUUUGUUUUUUUUCAUUUAGUUUUUUAACAGAGAUGUUGUAUCACAUUUGUUUGAAUUAGCAAGAAAAAAAAAGCUUAUUUGUUCAUAUUACGUUAAAAGACAUUCUAUUUUUUCACUGUAGGAAUGUUAAGUAUAACAUGUCUGUGUGAAUGUGUGCAUAUAUGUAUGUAUGUAUAUAUACUGCACACUCACACAUGCAUAUAUAUUUAAAUGCAGAAUAUAAAGAUAUAUCCAAACACUUUACAGUAUUAAUUACAUUUUACUCCUCAUCAUCUUUUUUAUACUAGUGCUCAAAAUAUGAAUUUUAUUAUUUUCUUUUUGUGUGUGUGUUAGUUUUUUGUAAUCUCAGAAACAUUGUGCGUUUGAUGAGGGAGAGCGGAGGGGAUGUCAGUUGUUUGCCUGAAUCCUCUGCUUCCUCUCACCAUGUUUAACUUCUACCCCCGGGUAGAUCCUGUGCCGAUGAGGAUAUGCCAUUUUUAAACCUUAUUGAGAUUCUUUAUUAUCAUUACCUUGUAGGCUUUAUUAUUAUUUUUUUUAACUGUUGAGCGAUACCCUCUUCUACGAAAUAUCAAAUCAAUCAAAAGUUUCAUAAUUCAACUUUUGUUGUUAGCUAUAUCAGCCUGAUUCGACGUACUGUACCUUGUAUGAUCGUGUACAGACUACGACCCUCACAGAUUUGAAGUAAAUCCAUUUAUUUAAGUUCUUCUUCUGUUUUUACUUGCAUUAUUUUCUGACAUACUGGGUCAUUCAUUUUGUUAGAUAUCCACUAUGAACUAGAAUAUACCUGUAAAUAAACAAAUAUAUAGAUUAUAUGUAUUUGUAUCAUUUGACCCUCAAAAUAUCAAACUUUGAGUGGAAAUAAGAAUCACAAAGAUUGAGGUUCUGCUCAUAUACGAAUCCCUGGUGUUUGUAAAGCCUGAUAUGUUCUUUCUCCAGCCCUGCUCCCUGGUCUUUAAUUACCACUCGUUUUAUUUCUGCCUUUUAUUUUCCAUUCAAGCAGUUAAACCAGGAAACAAGCCAGCUCCAGUUCUUACACCUAUAGCCUCAAUGAGGGCAAGCAAUCAGCAUCAGUGACCUGCUGGUAUCAUUUAGCCGAGGAUGGGAAGUUAGUCCACUCACUAGCCAUUCCAAAUCCUAAUUGACCAUCAAUUCAAGGUCCUGUUACAUUCUCAUUCUCAAUGUGAACAUAAACUUCUUCCUGCCCUGGCAUUAGCAAGGGUCUAAUAGAGAUAAGAUGGACUUUUUCUCUUUCCUUACAGCAACUGGAGAGGUUUUUAAAUGAUUCUGUUUAGGUAAUUAGACCUCCAAAGACUCAAAGUCUAACAAAAAGGGAACGCAAAGAUGUAGCUUCCACUAAUAAGAAAAACAAUGGAACCCAAAGGUGUUUCUGCCUAAAAACUUCCCAGCUGCCUAAAAUGCCAAGGUGUUACCCAUGAAUAUUUCAUUGGCUGAUGGACAAAUGCGGCUGUGUUCAGUUGCGACAUGACAUGUUGAUUUUUUUUUUCCACCCUAGAUAAUUUUUUAGCAUUGUAUAGGACCAUAAUGUGUGUUUUUGUUCUGCCAUAUUUUGUUGUGGGAUGCAGAAAGAAAUCAGGACUCAAUGAGACAGAGCAGUGCGAUGCAACUAAGGGUAGACCAAGACAACCAAAAACUUGCUGCAAAUUCUGAUUUCCAGCACGUCACUCCUGAACAGUGGGAACCUUGAGAUGUUUCAUAAUGAACUAAAAACCUGAAGUGAAGUCUUUUUGGAACCCAAAAGGACUGGUUAAAAUGGCCCCAAAUGCCAAAACUGAAACCGUGGACCGGAAAUCUUUGGAAGCUUGUGCAAUGUGUUACUCUUUUGACUUCAUGUAAAAAUGCUAGACCUUUGAAAACAGACGCCAAAUUUACUAGAAUAUGUCACCGAAUAUUUGGGGGAGGAGACUAACAAAAAAAACAACACUAACAAAAAAUGACUUCAAAAAGAAUAGAACAUAUAAAGAACAUACCGAGAAAUGAAAAAGAACCCAAAUUCAGCAAAAUAGUUUUUCCUUUCUAUGAGGGCCAAGAGCUAUCACUUUCAAACUGUUACUUCUAACUGAAACAAUAAUUGGUUUAAAGCCACUGUGUAUGUAGAUAUGUUGACUUUGUAUUAAAGAAAUGUUGUCUGAAAA